GCGCGCUGAGCACGGAGCGCGGGGUAAGGAGGCCUCGCCCGCCGGCCGGGAGGCCCCGGAGCCAGCCCAUGGGGAGCGAGCGUCCGACGCCGGCCCCGAGGACCACCGCCCGAGCCGCACCUGGCCCGUGAAGCCCAGGGACCCUCUCUGGGAGAGCCCCAUGAGGGCAGGAGAGUGAUGGAGAGUACGCCCAGCUUCCUGAAGGAUACCCCAGCCUGGGAGAAGACUGCCCCUGAGAAUGGCAUCAUGGGACGAGAGCCGAAUGCCCUGCCACGAGACGGCCUGCGCCACGGGGCACUGUGCCUGGGAGAGCCUGCUCCCUUCUGGAGGGGUGUCCUGAGCACCCCAAACUCCUGGCUUCCCCCUGGCUUCCCUCAGGGCCCCAAGGACACGCUCCCACUGGUGGAGGGUGAAGGCCCCCGGAAUGGGGAGAGGAAGGCCAGCUGGCUGGGCGGCAAGGAGGGGCUGCGCUGGAAAGAGGCGAUGCUCACCCAUCCACUGGCAUUAUAUGGGUCAGCAUGCCCGCCUCGCUAUGGCCCCCUGAUUCCUGAGCAUAGCAGUGGCCAUCCAAAAAGUGACCCUGUGGCCUUCCGGCCCUUGCACUGCCCCUUCCUGCUGGAGACCAAGAUCUUGGAGCGAGCUCCCUUCUGGGUGCCCACCUGCUUACCACCCUACCUAGUGUCCAGCCUGCCUCCAGAGCGUCCAUGUGACUGGCCCCUGGCCCCGCACCCCUGGGUGUACUCCGGGGGCCAGCCCAAAGCGCCCUCUGCUUUCAGCUUAGGCAGCAAGGGUUUUUACCAUAAGGAUCCGAGUAUUCUCAGGCUGGCGAAGGAGCCGUUGGCAACGGUGGACCCUGGGUUGUUGGGCUUAGCCCCUGGCGGGCCGCUCCAGAGAAGCGGGGAGUCUGAGUGCCCUUCGCUCCACCCGAGGGAUGGAGAGACAGGCCUCGGCAGGCAUCAGAAUCUCUGCCCACUUCUCCUGGGGCAUCCAGACACUGUUCCCCGCACCCCCUGGCCCACUUGUCCCCCAGGCCUUGUUCAUACUCUUGGCAACGUCUGGACUGUCCCGGGCGGUGGGGGCCUUGGGUACCAGCUGAGGCCAUCAACCACAUCAAGGUGCCCCUCUCCUGGGCCUCCCACCACCCAGGUGGGCUGUUACUCAUCCCACCCACCUGCUGGAGAUGGAGGCCUUGGCCCUUGUGGGAAGUGCCAGGAGGGCCUGGAGGAGGGCGCCAGGGGGUCCAGCGAGUCCAUCGAGGAAGCAAACAAGGCCUCCGGUCCCAGGGCCUGCCUGCCCAACCACCACACCAAGCUGAAGAAGACGUGGCUCACGAGACACUCGGAGCAGUUCGGGUGCCCGGGAGGCUGCCCUGGGGACGAGGAGAGCCCAGCUGCCCCGCUUCAGGCCCUCAAGAGGGCAAGUAGCCCUGAGGUCCAGGGAGUGGCCGGCAGCCCAGCCGCCAAGCGCCCCCCUGACCCUUUCCCAGGCAGUGCAGGGCAGGACGUCCUGGACUCAUCACUGGGGAACAAGGCGGAGGCAGAACAGCGCGCUGACCGCAGAGGACCCCGAGAUGGCAGGGCCGGCCUCCAGGACCCAGGGCGUCAGGAUGCACCUUGCUCAGCUCCCCCGGCAGGCAUUGCUCAGUGCCAAAGCUGUGCCCAGGCAGCGGGCGAGGUGGGAGGGCUGGCCUGCCACUCCCAGCAAGUGCCCAGAUCGUCUCUGGGAGGGGAGCAGCAGGAGGAAGACUCGGCAGCCAGCUCCGAGGAGGGAGGAGGCUGUGGCCCGAGGGCCGGGCCCAGCGUGGGCCUCGCCAAACACCUUCUGAGUGGUUUGGGGGACCGACUGUGCCGCCUGCUGCGGAGGGAGCGGGAGGCCCUGGCCUGGGCACAGCGGGAAGGCCAGGGGCCGGCUAGGACAGAGGACAACCCAGGCGUUCCAGGUUGCUGCAGCCGCUGCCACCAUGGACUCUUCAACACCCACUGGAGAUGCCCCCGCUGCAGCCACCGGCUGUGUGUGGCCUGUGGUCGCAUGGCGGGUGCUGGGAGGGCCAGGGAGAAAGCAGGCUCUCCGGAGCAGCCCACGGAGGAGUGUGCCCAGGAGGCUGGGCACAGCGCCUCCUCCCUGAUGCUCACCCAGUUUGUUUCCAGCCAGGCUUUGGCAGAACUGAGCACCGCAAUGCACCAGGUCUGGAUCAAGUUUGAUAUCCGGGAGCACUGUCCCUGCCAAGCUGAUGCCCAGGUGUGGGCCCCUGGGGAUGGGGGCCAGCAGAAGGAGCCUAGAGAGAAAAACACCCCAACUCCACAACCUUCCUGCACGGAGGACACCAACAGGACCAAGGACAUCAAAGCGGAGACCCUGGACUCCACGGAGACCCCUGCCAAGGACAGUGCCAGCCGAGGGCCCCUGCCUUGUCCCUCUCUCUGUGAACUGCUGGCCUCCACCGCCGUCAAACUCUGCUUGGGGCACGAGCGGAUACAUAUGGCCUUUGCCCCUGUCACUCCAGCCCUGCCCAGCGAUGACCGAAUCACCAAUAUCCUGGACAGCAUCAUCGCGCAGGUAGUGGAACGGAAGAUCCAGGAGAAAGCCCUGGGGCCUGGGCUGCGGCCGGGGCCAGCCCUGCGCAAGGGUCUGGGCCUGCCCCUCUCACCAGUGCGGCCUAGGCUGCCUCCGCCCGGGGCUUUGCUGUGGCUGCAGGAGCCCAGGCCUCGGCGAGGCUUCCACCUCUUCCAGGAGCACUGGAGGCAGGGCCAGCCUGUGUUGGUGUCAGGGAUUCAGAGGACAUUGCAAGGCAACCUGUGGGGCACCGAGGCUCUUGAGGCGCUUGGAGGCCAGGUGCAGGCGCUGACCCCCCUCGGGCCUCCGCAGCCUACAAACCUGGGCACGGCAGCCUUCUGGGAUGGAUUCUCCCGGCCUGAGAUUCGCCCAAAGUCAUCUGAGGGCUCAGUCCUCCUGCUGCACAGAGCUCUGCGGGAUGAGGACACAAGCAGGCUGGAGAACCUGGCUGCCAGCCUGCCCCUCCCAGAGUACUGUGCCCAACAUGGGAAACUCAACCUGGCUUCCUACCUCCCACCGGGCCCUGCCCUGUGUCCACUGGAGCCCCAGCUGUGGGCAGCCUAUGGUGUAAGCCCACACCGUGGGCACCUGGGGACCAAGAACCUCUGUGUGGAGGUGACUGACCUGGUCAGCAUCCUGGUCCGUGCUGAAGCCCCACUGCCUGCCUGGCAUCGGGCACAGAAAGACUUCCUCUCAGGCCUGGACGGGGAGGGGCUCUGGUCUCCUGGCAGCCAGGUCAGCACCGUGUGGCACGUGUUCCGGGCACAGGACGCCCAACGCAUCCGCCGUUUUCUCCAGAUGGUGUGUCCGGCUGGGGCAGGCACCCUGGAGCCUGGCACCCCAGGAAGCUGCUACCUGGAUGCAGGGCUUCGGCGGCGCCUGCGGGAGGAGUGGGGUGUGAGCUGCUGGACCCUGCUGCAGGCCCCCGGAGAGGCCGUGCUGGUCCCUGCAGGGGCUCCCCACCAGGUGCGUCCCCAGGGGCCCGGCUCUGCUGAGAGCUCAGUGCCAGAAACAGCGAGAACAGCAGCACAGCGAUGCUGCGUCCCCCACCUGGUGCAGGGCCUGGUAAGCACAGUGAGUGUCACUCAGCACUUCAUGUCCCCCGAGACCUCUGCCCUCUCUGCUCAGCUCUGCCACCAGGGAUCCAGCCUGUCCCCUGACUGCCGCCUGCUUUGUGCCCAGGUGGACUGGGCUGUGUUCCAAGCAGUGAAGUUGGCUGUGGGAACAUUACGGGAGGCUAAAUAGAGGGAUCCCAGGUGUCUGGGGUAGAGGUGGUGGGUAGGUAGACCAGGUGCUCAGCUCAGGCACAGCAUAAGCAGAGAAGACACUGGGGACUUGGGGACUUUUGGUCAAUUCCACACGCACCACUCUGGGUACCAGCAGGACACCCUGUUUCCCGCUUCUAACCUGGGCCCUAAAGCCAACAACCACAGUGCCACUGAAGUUCACACCUGCCCUUCGCAGGCUGGCACCUGCUCCGCCCCGUGCCCCUCUCCAUGGUACCAGGCCCACCCUGGGGGUGACUGACUCCCUUCAGCCCCCUGCCCCCCAACCCAGGAGACAAACAGCCUUUCAUUGGGAGACUUUGGGAAUCACUCUGGCUUAAGCAACACCUUCUGCUCCCUCAUCUCCUGCUGUCCCACCUGCGCCAAGCUCUGUUACACACCCACCUCCUCACGGGACUCUGGGCGCCCAUGCACUGCAGGCAUCUGGACAAGGGGCCGCUGAAAUCCUGCCCUCUUGUUCGAGAGAGAGCUGUGACGCGUGGGGCGGGGGCGGCCUCAGGACACUACCCAGGCUUGGCUGAAGGGAAUGACAGGGGUGAGGCCCUGUCCCUAUUCCUUCCUCUCGCCUCCCUCCUUCCUAUUUUCCAUUAAAGUCUGUCGUUUUCUGAAAGCCACCAGGCCAGUGUGGUUGGCCCUGCUCCUGCUGGCCACAUAGAUUGGGGAGGGAGGGGAGACAUGGAAAUGGAACCAGGUGGGCAGGAACUGGGCUGUCCCUGACGGGGGCCUCAGACACCCCUGCCUGCUCUUCUUCCCUAGAGCUGGGUCCCUCCCUCUCACUGAGCAGAUGGAGCCUUCCAGGGGGGUACCCUGAGGAUGCUCCUGACAAGCGACAAUAGCAAGGCAGAGCCCUGGGCACAGCAGCAAGGUGGCUUUAACACCAACCCUCCCCGAAAACUCCAGGCUACCCCAUCUCUUCCAUCUGAUCUGACUUGGAGCUCCGGGAGUGUGGCCCAGGAGAGCCCCGGCCAGGGCUUGGCCUGCUGCCUGCGCCGGUUGGCAGCCCCUCCCCAUCCCCAGGGCUCUCUGUGUGGCUCUGCCUGUUCCCCUGCCCUAGCACACCUCAGCCAGCAUGCUCCCACUCGUCAUACCUGAUUGUUCUGCGGUGGUUCGGGAAAUGUGUGUGUGAUUUUUUUAAUAAAAUAAAAUUUUUUAUUAUAAAUUUAA